GAAACUACGAGUCCUCAGACGGGUCAUAACCUGAUGAUACAUUUAACAAGCGUGUCUUUUUCUCUUGUGCUUAAGUUUUUGAGUUUGAAUCCCGGUGUAUUUAUCUGUUGUUUAUAUUAAGGUUGUUUUUCUGGAGUGAAAGCCGAACUGAACCAGUUUAUGAUUGUUUAGUAAAUUUACCGCUUCGCCUUUUCCUGCUCAGCUGUUCAGGCUAUUAGCUCGCUAGCUUCAGCAGCUCGUAGCUAUGGCUGCAGUUAUCCUGAGUUUCCCGACUCUGCAGGGUCUGAGGAUAUUCACACAGAAGCUGUCAUGGUCCAGAAGAGGUGUGAGGUUUGUGUCAGGAGGGGUGGGAAGGAUAGAAAAGGUGUUGAUUGCCAAUCGCGGAGAGAUUGCAUGUCGUGUGAUGCGCACGGCCAAGAAAAUGGGCGUCCGCUCUGUGGCUGUUUACAGCGACGCGGACAGAGACUCCAUGCACGUGGCCAUGGCGGAUGAAGCGUACCACAUCGGCCCUCCGCCCUCCCAGCAGAGUUACCUCUCCAUGGAGAAAGUUUUGGAAGUGGCAAAACAGUCUGGAUCACAUGCGGUUCACCCUGGUUACGGCUUUCUAUCAGAAAACACAGAGUUUGCAGAGGCCUGUAAACAGGAAGGUAUCAUUUUUAUUGGACCGCCGUCCUCUGCCAUCAGAGACAUGGGCAUCAAAAGCACAUCCAAACACAUCAUGUCAGCUGCUGGGGUGCCAAUCAUCGGCGGUUACCAUGGAGAAGACCAAUCAAACGAGAGACUGCAAGCAGAGGCGGCCCAGAUAGGAUUCCCAGUGAUGAUUAAAGCGGUCCGUGGAGGAGGAGGCAAGGGGAUGCGUAUUGCACGUUCAGACACAGACUUCUUGGAGCAGUUGGAGUCAGCGAGGAGGGAAGCCAGAAAAUCCUUUAACGAUGAUGUCAUGCUGGUUGAGAAGUUUGUAGAAGAUCCCAGGCAUGUGGAGGUUCAGGUGUUCGGGGACAUGCACGGUAACGCAGUUUAUCUGUUUGAGAGAGACUGCAGCGUCCAGAGGAGACAUCAGAAGAUCAUCGAGGAAGCACCAGGGCCUGAUAUUAGUGCUGAGGUUCGACGGAAACUUGGAGAGGCAGCUGUCAAAGCAGCUAAGGCCGUCAACUACGUAGGGGCAGGCACAGUGGAGUUCAUCAUGGACGCGCAGCAUAACUUUUACUUCAUGGAGAUGAACACGCGGCUGCAGGUGGAACAUCCCGUCUCUGAGAUGAUCACUGGGACCGACCUGGUGGAGUGGCAGCUCAGGGUGGCAGCAGGGGAGCGCCUGCCUCUUCUCCAGGAUGACAUCAUACUGAGUGGACACUCUUUUGAGGCGCGCAUUUACGCUGAAGACCCAAACAACGACUUCUUGCCAGGGGCGGGGCCUCUGCUGCAUCUCUCCACCCCUCCAGCGGACCAACACACACGCAUAGAGACCGGAGUCAGGGAAGGUGACGAGGUGUCUGCACAUUAUGACCCAAUGAUCGCCAAGCUUGUGGUGUGGGGAGAAGAUAGAUCUGCUGCCUUGAAGAAGCUGCGGUACUGCUUACGACAGUACAAUAUCGUUGGACUAAACACCAACAUUGACUUUUUGCUGAGUCUGUCGGGUCACCCGGAGUUCGAGGCCGGUAACGUGACCACCAGCUUUAUCCCUCAGCACUACGCCGACCUCUUCCCCGCUCCGACAGCCCCCUCUGGGGCGACAAUCUGUCAGGCGGCCCUGGGCCUGGUGCUGCAGGAGAGGAAAGACACACAGGAGUUCACACAGACCUCCACUGGACCCUUUUCCCCGUUUGGGUCCAGCAGCGGGUGGAGAAGCAACAUUCAGUUUCACCGAAACAUGACGCUGCAAGUGGGAGAGAAAAAAGUGGAUGUGGUCGUCGUUUACAACAAAGAUGGAAGCUACUCGAUGCAGAUUGGAGCGGAGGCGUACCAUGUGACUGGAGAGGUGGAGGAAGAAGGCGGAGCCUCGUUCCUGCACUGUUCAGUCAAUGGAGUCAAGUCUCGUCCCAAACUGGUGAUCCUGGACAACACAGUGCACCUGUUCUCAACGGAGGGAAGCUCUGAAGUGUCGGUGCCUGUGCCCAAGUAUCUGGCUGGUGUGAGCGGCUCUGGAGCUCAGGGAGGAGCUGUGGCCCCCAUGACGGGAACCAUCGAGAAGGUGCUGGUGAAGGUUGGAGACAAAGUGGCUGUAGGAGACGCUCUGAUGGUCAUGAUCGCCAUGAAGAUGGAGCACACCAUCCGGGCGCCCAAAUCUGGCGUCAUCAAGAAGGUUUUCUUCAGCGAGGGCUCUCAGGCCAAUCGCCACGCAGCUCUGGUCGAACUGGAGGAGGAGGUGGAGGAGGGGAAGGGGGGAGAGGGGGAGGGGAGCAGCAAGUAGACAGAACCACAGACACACAAAUAGAUACACACUGACAGGUAGGAGAGAGCUGAGACUUAAAUGUAGGUUUGUGUUCAGCACUUGAUUGAUGUUUAAGUCUGGAUCCUAAAACACAACAGAGUGGAGGUUAGUCUUUCACCCCGGGGACCCAGAAUGCAUUUAGAAAAGGUCAAGUAGUCCCAGUGACCUCUGAGCAGUGUGAAGGCUCACAGUGUACAGUUGCCUUUUAACAGAUCAACUCAACGCCUUUACUUUGAUUUCAGAACUUUAGUUGGUUUCUGCUUUUCUUUCUCGUGUGUUUCUUUGUUUGAAAAUAUGAACGUUUGGCUCUGACAUUGUCGGGGUUUGCAAAUAUAUAUUUCCUUUAUCUUCUCUCUUGGUGAUGGUUUCUGUCUGUGUGUUGUUCUGAGGAGGGGGGGGGGUCAGCUGAGCCACCUCUCUCUGAACUAAACAACAACAGUGAAGCACACCUGAGGCAGACGUAUUAAUAAUAAUACAAGAGGGUUUGAUUUGUAGGAAAUAUGAAAUCAUUAAAAUAAUAUUUAAGAGGGUCAUAGGAGUGAAAUAAAUGAGACGGUUACUGACGACUGAAGGGGGGAAGACUUCACAGAAACUUUACUGAACCAUGAACCUUUAAUCACUGUCCAGUAAUAACCAUGUAGCUUUACAUUUUCUUAUAGCUUCAUGUGUCUUUAAUAAGCUAACAUCUCUUCUCUACCAUUUGUAAAUAUCAUCAAAUCUGUCGUAUUUAAAACUGCUUUUUAUGACUGUUUCACUAAAAACAAAUCUCCACAUUAGAAGCGACAUGCUUUCAUUGGACGGUGAUCUUAAGAGGAACCAGGUUCGAUGUUGACUUUUUGUUGGAGCUGGAAGAUCUUAAAUAUUGGGGGUUUGGUAAUGUCCACUUUUUUAAACUUGUCCACAGUCUGUCCUUCCACAUUGACUCUAAACUCUUCAAGGACAAAGCCGAUUUAUUAUCAAUGAUUGCACUGAGUAGAGACGCUGUGGCAGAAAAACACUCCAGACAGUUCAAUGAUAAGAAAUGAACGUUUGACACAUUUGGCUCUGAUUUGAAAUAAAAAAUAAAUCAAAGUAUUCAUAAUGAGAUGUCAGUCACAGAGAGUUUGUUUCUAUGUGAAUCACAGACAUCAGCUGAUCUCUCUCUUCUCUUCCUGACGUCUGUGUUACGAGGCCUUGUAGAUCAAAACCUGUGUUCACUUUGUAGAUGUGUGACGAUUGUUUUCCUUUUUUUUUUAAAGAGAUGUGAUUAGACUGCUCAGAGACUGUAAUAAAGAUAUUUCAGAAGAA